AUGCUCAGGCUAACCGGUGUCCAACUACGAACAUACAGCCAGCUCGUGCCUCUCAUCAUCUUCUUCAUCGUCCUGGCCGGCCUGGUCUUCGUGGGCUACCAUGUCUACCAGAGUGCCACCAAGAUGAGUGGCAACGUGUCGGAGCGCAUGGGCAAGAAGAACGUUGUCUGGACCAAGGACGGCCUCAAGGUCGGCGUCAAGCACGUCGAGAACGAGAAGGAGGUUGACGCUACCCAGCGUUGGGUUGUCAACGCAUGGAACCUGCGAUCGGAUAAAACCGGCAAGAAGGACAAGUGA